UCUCUCUCUCUCUCUCUCUCUCUCUCACUCUCACUUAUCCAGUAUUUAUUUCUCUCAGCACUUCAAUUUCAGUACUACUGCAACUCUCUCUCUCUCUCUCGGCAACUGGAUCCGUAGAUGAAACCCUAAUUAUAUCAAAACACAUACAACCUAUUGCACAAGCGAUAAGGAUAUACAAAUCAUCAUUGAUCAAAGAAUGAAGGAGUACCCAGAAAUGCAUCAAAACACACAUACUAUCAUGAAUGACAACAAAAGCAUUGAUAGAGGAGAGGAGCGUCAUGGAAGGAUCAACAAGGCAUUCAUUCUCCAACUUCCAUGCCAUGUAGUAAUUGAAAUCUUGUGCAAACUCCCAAUGAAGGCCCUUGGCAAGUGCAGGUGUGUAUGUAAGGCAUGGCGUGAUUUGUUCUUAGACCCACAUUUCACUGAAUCACACUUUUCAAGAGCACACACUUGUCUCCUAGUUCAGUCGAAUAGUUCUAGAUAUGCCGAUUCAAGAACUCUUUGCUUGAUUGAGUUUGGAGUUUCGAGGAUUGAUGCUGUCAUGAAUAUCAGGCAAUCUAACUUACCGAAAUUUGGGAUUGAGCUUGUGAGCUCAUGUAAUGGCUUGGUUUGCAUGCAAAAAAAUGGCCGUCUCUACUUAUCAAACCCGACCAUGGGUGGUGAGCAUUUGACUCUUCCUGUUGCUACAGAGGACCUCUCUAUUCCGUUUGUAUGUGGGUUUGGCUGUAGCCAGAAGGGUAAUCAAUACAAGGUGAUUCAAAUAUUUAACCAAUUGAGUUUUCAUGAUAAAUGGCUGGCAAUGCACAGUUAGCUCUGGCACAUGGAGAUGCCUUGGCGAUGUUCCUCAUCCAUUUCGCUAUCGUUCAGUUGGUAUUUAUCUCAACGGAUUUCUUCACUGGCUUCUUGAUUAUCCUCAGAGUUCUGAGUUAAUCUAUGCAUUUGAUCUUGAAAGUGAGAAAUUCCAACCAGUGCCGCCGCCGCCUACGUUUUCCAUGUACCCAGGUGGGAAUAUCUGCUGGUUGAACCUUGGGGUAAUGGAAGGUCACCUUUGUAUCAGUUGCUUCAAAGUGGAUAUUGUGUGUCCUGACAUAGACAUAUGGGUGAUGAAAGAUUAUGGUGUUGGGAAGUCUUGGACUAGAGACCUUGUCAUUAAACACCCUAGGGAAGGCUGGUGGGAUCCCUAUGGGUUUCAAUUGAUAAAAGUUCUGAAAAAUGGGGGAGUGUUGCUAUUGUAUUAUUUUAGCCCAUUUGUUUACCAUCCUGUGACAGAAACUUUCAGGAAGGCACAGAUAGAGGGAAUUAAGUCUCAGAUAGAGGCAAUUGUUCUUGUUCCAAGCUUUGUUUCACUCAAAAGUGUUUUGGGGGAAGAAAUCUUAAAGGAAGAAGACUGCCACCAAGUGCAGGCUGCUCCAUCUUUGUUGGGACAACCAUCAAUAACUAUGUUGAUUCAAUGAAAGCAAAGAUGCAUUUCUGCUAUCGAGAAGCAAAGAGUGCUGUAGAUUUUCUUGCUAAAUUUGCCUCUUUCUCAAAGAUCCAGCCCCUUGGUUUUGAGACCUGCGGCUCCAACAGGCAAAUCGUCAUUACACCUGGUGCGACUGUCUUUCUUCAUUUUCUGAUGAAAUUUUCUUGUGUUAAUAACUCUAGCGAGGGGAGGAAAUUUUCUUGUGUUAAUAACUCUAGCGAGGCUAUCCCCCGCCUACACAAUCAUUUGAUUUUCUUUCUUUGUUUACCUCACAUGUUUCUUCGUCUAAUAUGUUAAAUAGAUUACAUGUUCAUGAUGCCUUUUACUGUGAACUCGUUAUCUUUGCUUGUAUAUAUGAAUGGAUUUUCUUUUC